UUCAGGCGGUUGGUUGGGAAUGACGUGUCCACAUGGAGUAUGCUAUGGUCUGAAAUGGCUAUUGCGACAAGAAGGACCACGAGAUCAUGUGGACAUGCUUAUGAAUCUCGCUGCUGUUCCGAAUGUUACCAUAUUGGAUAUGGCAAACAUGAUUGUAGCUCAUGCAAGGAACAGAGGAUACGACGUUUUCAUCCAUUCCAAGGUCGUGUUGCUGAAUAUAGCCUGGAAAAUAUCAGACGAGCUAAUAGUGGUGAGCUAGAGAUAGACUGGCCUUGGUUUCCAAACGGAGAAAGAUGCGACUUGUCAACUGUCGUACAAAGGUCGGAUGGUGAGCAGCUUCUGUGUAAUCCCUCAACUAGAUCUUCUGAUCAUUACUGCCUGUUUGAUCAAUUUCACGAGAAAAAUUCCACGAACCCAGCCGAUUGCUUGCGAAGAGUGUCUUGCGUUAACCAACUUGCCGGGAAGAUCAAUUCAGAAACUGCUGAACAACUCAACAACAGACGAAACCGUGAUAAUUACUUCACAACAUCUUUGACAGCUCACAAUUCCGUCUUCAUGGAGCGAUUGGCAACUCAUUUUAGUAAUGAGAAAUUAAACCAACGUAUCAUAAAUACUCAUCGCAAGCAGUUUGGAAUGGCUAUGAGUUUUAACUCCUUCGGUCAACUUAUAAGUAGAAAUGAAGAUGAUGGGACCGAGCAGGCAUCACAACCAAAACGCGUCCGUUUGUCGACUGAAAGUCUUUCAACAGCUAACAGACCUGCCACAAGUAGCACUGGAACACUAAAUGAUGCUUGUGAUGAGUUGACACACGUUGCUGAGAAAAUGAAUCCCUCAGCUACAAGCAGCUACGACCUUGUUAUAGACUAGUUGUGACCUCGUCAGUCGUCAUCAAAGCUUAAGUGAUAUUUGACAUAAAGGAAGCUCAAUUUCUGUUUGGUUGUUCACAGCUUGGCAAAGAACAUUGUAACAAGUCGAAUUCCAAAGUCGAAUUCCAUUACCAUCUGUAGAUCUAAUUUCAAUAUAUAUACUUAUUCAUAUAGAACUGAUGUCCAAUGCCUGAACACUAAAUUCAAAUUUCUUUCAAGCAUUUCAUCAAAUUUUCUCAAAUUCUUAUAUAAUUCAUAAAACAUCUAAUUAUA